AUGCCCUUUUCAACACGAGUUGCGAUACAUCCCUCGAAGCUCGAAGUCCGAUACACUGUCGCUGCCAAGGCUUCCUUCCGCAAGACAUCUCGAGAGCAAACACGUCUGAGAGAUAGGCUCAAAGUCGACAGCACCAUGAGGAUUCCUGUAGACGUGCCUAGCGGAUCUAACAACAGCCAGAAGAAAGGAGCUGCACUAUGCAAGACUUUCGCUGCUUCCGCCAGUAACGGCUCCGAUGUCAACAUGGCCGAUCCCGAAAUGACCGAUGUAGAAGGGAUGAACAUCGACGAAUACGAUACGUCCGACUUCGCCGUCACCGAUGCAGUAAGGAUCUUGAUGGAUAUACGUGGGGGGUAA